AUGUUAAAUAAUGGUUGGAAUGAUAGAAAUGGACUCGGUCCAUAUGGUUCUGGUUUAAAAUAUCCCGUAAAAACGAUUUUAAAGAGAGAUCGCCGGGGAUUAGGUGAAAAACCAUAUCAAAAACCAAAAAUAACACAUUUUAAAAGUAACGAUAUAAAUGAUCAAAAUGAAUGUGACGUUGCUAUAAACAAAUUACGAAGUGAUUUAAGAGUUAAAGUUAAUGAGUUACGUGAUUUGGAACAUGCUACACCAGUACCAGGAUUAAUGUUAAAACCACUAUCUCAUGCAGAAAUGUCUGCUAUCAAUAAAUUAUGUGGUAAAGAUUAA